CUUUCCAGCACACCUCACAGUCGAGCUUACCCGGCUACCUUCACCACAGUAGCUCGCACUUUCUCCGGACAGAAAAAAUGCGCUCUACUAGACCUGCACUUAGAUUGAGCGAGCCACCAUCGUACAAUGCCCCCUUCUACGCAGAUCCAUGGGGACAAGAUAGUGGUUCCCCCACUUCUGAGACAGCCCAUUCAGACUACUACGGCACCCGAUCCACCGCCAGCUCGUCUCGGACAUCCUCUACAUGCUCCCACGUCGUUCCCGAAGCUGCCUUCCUCGCAAGGUCAGGAGGAGGCGACGUCCAAUACAUCGUUGACCCCUACUUCGGCUACAAAGACAUUGCCGACCUCUGCACGGCCUACCUCGUCAAAGCCUUUCGGUCCCAUGAAGAGACCGAAUCCUCACAACGACUGGGACAGCCUCGCCUCCCCAUCUUCAUCGCCCAGUUGAUGCACAUCACCGGCGUCCCCCUCAAGGUGGUCAUCGCCGCCCUCAUCCUCCUCCAGCGGUUCCGCAACCUCCAACCGCCCAACGACACCCGCUCCUUCUCGGGCCACCGUCUCUUCAUCGGCGCCCUAAUGUUGGCAUGCAACGACGACAACCUGCAGAACAUGAUGGCGCACGAUGCAAGCAGUGCGGCGUACUGGAGUGAGAUCUCACUCUUCUCAGAAGCCGAGCUUGACGAGGUCUUCAACACACUCUAUGACGAACUCGAUGGGAACGUUGUCGUGUUUCCCUCGUACGCAGCGGCCCUCGAGAAGCUCAACAACCCUCUCGCGAUCAAAUCAUUCGAAGGAGACUUGGAUUUCGUGUCAUCUGACGAGACGGGCCUUGAUUGGGAGGAUGGCAACGUAUCUCCGACCCUGUCAAUGUCGUCCACGUCGAUGCCACCCCCCGAGGCAAGACAGGAUAAACUCCGCUCAAGGGGAGGAGGGACCACAGCACCACAGAAACAAACUCGCAACGUGCCAUCUGUACGGACAAGAAUAGCCUCUUUAUUUGGGAAGAAGGCUAGGACGUGUUGAAAGAAAAUGAUCAUUUCACAGCAACCGUGUGUUCUUUUUUGUUACAGUCUUCUUUAUAGGCGCCCAUCCUUUUUCCACAUUUCUCUCGCUUUCUUGAUGUUGUAAGUCUGGGACACUUUCCUUUGUUGUAUUACUGAUCUAUUCUCGUUACCUGUGCUUUCUGUUUGUUUCCAUUGGGUUUUUUUCUCGCUUUUCGAAUUCUUCCUAUCGUACUCUACAGCAACAGCUGCCACGCCUCAACCUGUAUUUAUAGUAUUGCAACGCAGUGUAUCAUACAAUCCGCGUACAUCCUUGCUGUAUCAUAACACUCUUAUGCUUUAUGAGUGUGCUGUAGCUCUAGUAUUCGUACGUUUUCAAAAAUAGAUGCGAAGCAAUAGAAGUCUAAUGAAGUGCGUUC